GAGGUGAGCAAGUAGGGAGAGAUCUGUUCAUUGACGGACUCCGCAGUCGAACAAUAAGGGCUAAGUUGUGAAAGCAGUUUUCCCCCAUCACCCAUACGCUACAACAAAUUAUGGCUGUUGCGGAAGAAAUGGAACGGAAGUUCGCGGCGAACUUCCUGGAAGGAGAAGAUUACCCUAGAGAUGGAGAUUCGACCGAGCUCGCUCGAGCAAGAGCAAAGUUGGCUGCUUUACAAAACAAAUUUGAAAACAUGGGGUUCGUAUCAGGACCUGUCACCUAUAUGGAACAAAUAGGCCCCAAACGAUUAAUCCUAAGUGAGACUCCGAGCAUCUCUGCUCCUAUGAUGCCCCCGCCCGUCAGGGCAUUACCCCCGCCGCCGGUAGAGGCUCCUGUACGAUCAAACGAAUCAGCGGCCAUUUUUGAACUAACCAAAACUUUGACUAGUUUGAUCCAAGAAAGCAAAAAGGAACAGCGAGAGCACAAUGCUCGGCUGGAAGCCAUGAUGAGGAUCAUGCGACCUAUUGCGGUGCGUGCCCCUCCGAUGCAACAAGGAUUAGCCCCUGCCCCUGCUCUCGGAGGAGCUGCGAACAAUCUGAAUGUUUGCUAUGCCUGUCAUCAGCCCGGACAUCUAGCCCGUGAUUGCCCCCACCGACCCCCACAACAGCGGAUCGGAGUCGCACCUAUGGCUGCGGCCCCCAUCGCCAACGGACGUGGACGAGUCGGAGCCUUGAUGGAAGAAGUAGAGGGUGGGGGAAGUGCCCUGGCCACCACGGAAGAGGCCGCCGAGCUAAUUCCGCUAGAUCAGUACGUAUCGCUGGGAUAUCCUGGGCUAGGAAUGAUCGGAACAAUCAGACCAGCGCCAGAACAGAAAGAGGUGGCGGAGUGGCGACCGUCCUUAGGAGAAAUGGAGUCGGGAGGACCCACCUUCGUCACAGGGGAGAUCGAUGUAUUAAACAUCAUCCGAGCAUUGGACCAUCGGAUCCCCCUUUUGAUCGGUCAUCUACUCUCGAUCUCCGAACACGCCAAUGAGCGAAUGUUACAGCACUGUAAAGCGAAUCAAAAGCGAUUCGCUCUCGCCCGAGCACCAAACGUAAAAGCCAAAGGCCCCGCGUCGGAAGAAGACCCAACAAACUCUUCGGAUCCGAUACGGUUAGGAUUAAUUCGAAAAGACGAUCAUUUCCUACGGAUUAAACCCAUUCCGUGGAAAUCCGCAGAGUGCGAUAUAGAAAUUUGGGGAAUUCCUUACAACGCAAUUAUAGACUCGGGAGCAGCUGUGUUGGCUAUUUCGCUGAGAGUGGUCGAAAGGGCAGGCAGGAAAAACGAUAUGAUCAUGCUCACCGAGAAAGAUCAGCUCGUUUCGGCAGAUGAGGAAAAGAUUAAAACUGUGGGGAGAAUGACCAACGUCGCCUUCCGAUUAGGAAAAGUACACGCGCUUGGGGAUGUCGUAGUACUAUAUGUUAAUACGUACGACGUUCUUUUCGGACUUCCUGCUCUUGUGGCGUUACGAGCAAACUUGGAUUUCGAACGACGAGCGAUCGUCCUCCGAAAUACAGGAGGAAAGCCCUACGUUGUCCCCAUGCGAUUGACCCUUCGCACUGCUAUUAACGCGGUUCCGCGGGUUUCGCCGAUGAUGACAGGGACUCUCCGUAUGAUCUCCUGGGACGAACCCGCAGAAGGAAAGUCAUCAACUGCAGAUGCGGAAAGCAGUGACGAGGAUGAUCCGGAGAUCUUGAAAUUGGCACGACAACAAAAGUUGGCGGUGAAGGAAGCCCCAGUUCCCACGUCACUGACGCAGGUUCGAGCCUUCUUGGGACUGGCGUCGUACUACCGGCGCUUCAUCAAGGGCUUUGCCGCGAUUGCACGACCGCUAACGAAUCUGUUACGGAAGGACCAGCCUCUCAAUUGGGACGCGGAGUGCCAGCAGGCCUUUGCAACCCUCAAAGACGCUCUGGCAACAACCCCUAUUUUGAUUCGGCCGGACCCCUCGAAGCAGUUCAUUCUCAUCAUGGACUGGCAACCGGAAGCUAUUUCCGCUAUUUUAGCACAGAAGGGGAACGAUGGGCGCGAACAUGUCAUCGAGUACACGUCUCGAACCGUACCAGAUGAACGAAGAAACGUUUUCGCACCUCAAGGCGAGUGCUAUGCGGUAGUUUGGGGAAUCCAGCACUUCCAUCCGUAUCUCUACGGACAGAAGUUUCGCCUCGUAACGGAUCACGAGCCUCUGCUGGCACUGAAGAAACUCACCAACUACACGGUCAUGAUUGGUCGUUGGGCGGUGCGACUACAAGAAUACGACUUCGAUAUCGUCCAUCGAAAGACAGAGCGACACGGCAACGCGGACGAGAUGACACGUCUGCAUCGACCUGCCAAGGUACCAAAGGGCGAGGAAAUUACACCGUGGAAAGAGCCAGACCUGACUAACGAGCCGAAGAAGAAGAAGAAGAAGUGAAUCGCCAGCUCCCUCCGGCUCCCUGUCCCGAUCCUCCCUUCGUCUACAUCAAGAUCUCGGCGUUCGGGCUUCGUCCCCG